AUGAUUAUCCAAGAAGCCGCAGAUCACAUUCACGAGAUCAAAGUAAUCAACGGUCAUAUUCGCGGAAUGAUUAUCCAAGUAAUCGAUGAUUACAUUCGCGGGGUCAUCAAAGUCGUUGUCAUCGACAUAGGCGAAAUGGGUCUCAACAUAGAUGAAAUUCAGAUCACGAAGAAUCUUAAUAUGGUCGUAGAA